AUGAAGUGCCUCGUCUUCUCGGCCCUCUACGGGCUUGUCGCUGUCAGUGCCUACACUGUCACUAAUGCACCGAGGUUCAUGUUGAAAAACAUAGACCCUAUUGUGUUCCCAGGUCAAUACGUUAGCCAUAUGCAUAGUUUCUUUGGAUCAGAUGCUGUCACGGUGAACACAACCACAUCCAAAGAGCUCCAAACAGGUUGUUCCACUGCUGAGAACCCAAAUGAUUUCUCGUCCUAUUGGGUACCAACUCUCUUUGCAAAGAACGGCAGUGAUCGUAUCACAGUUCCUAUUAGUCGUUUCAGCGCCUACUACGUCAGCAUUGAUAAGGCUGAGGUUGCUAUUCCUCAGGAUUAUAAAGUGGUUGUCGGUAAUGCAAGUGCAACGUCAAAUGACCAUGUCGAGCCUCUUGCUGGUAUCCAGUGGUUUUGCGAGUAUGGAGGUAAUCCUCAAGAAGUCAAGGACCGAGCAGCAUUCCCUACCAAGGGCUGCGGACGGCUCCAAACCAUUCUGCUCUUCCAUGACUGCGUUAACGAGGAGUCAUUGGAGUCUACGUAUUCCGGGGUCCAUCAUUGGACGAAAACCUUCAGACCUGAGAACCGUUGUCCAGCUGGCAUGAAGCGAAUGCCACAGCUGCGAUUUAGCAUCCGCUAUGAUCUCCGUGAGGUGUUCCCAGACGGUUGGGAUGGUCCCGCUCCGCUCGAACUUUCUUGUGGAUCCUCAUACUGUACACAUGGUGACUUUAUAAAUGGUUGGCUUCCUGAGGCGGCUGAAAACAUGCUCCUGGCAAACUCAAAAAGGGAAUUUAAGGGAGUUGAUGGACCCAAGGGAAAAUAUAACGCUGGCUCGCUGUGCAAGGCAGGGGAGUUUAAGGAUGCAGAUCCGGAACAUGGAACCAGCGACUAUGCGGAAAGUAAAAGCGUCCUGGUUUAA